AUGGACGGCAAUAAAGAUGAGGCACAAAAAUGCCGUAGACUUGCUGAGAAUUAUCUCAAAGAAGGGAACAAAGAGAGAGCUUUUAAAUUUCUCCAUAAGGCACAGAAGCUUUAUCCAUCGAAAGAAGUUGAAGGUAGGUGAAAUUUGCGCGGAAUUUGGAAUAGAAGAGUGGUGAAAGAACUCAUGAUACGAUGUCGUAACCGGCUAAAAUAUCAUUAUUUUAGUUUACUUUCUUGUACGAGCCGUGAAAUUUACCAAUAACCUUUAAGGAAGAGAGAAAAAUAUGUUAAGUUUGAUUAUUUCAACUCUAUCCAUCAGGAUGUUUGCAAUUUUUUUGCGAUGGUGAUCGUCACUGAACAUUAUUCAGAACAUUGGCAUUACGGAAGCUUACAUGAAGUCCGUUUUUCUCAUGCGAUUAAAGUUGAAGCGACGUUUAGAGUUAUAUCAAGGAAUCAAAAAUGGAGUUACAUACUUUUUAUUUUUCUUUAAGCAUUAACGUUCGGUUAGGACACUGUAGCCGCGACGAUUAGAUGUUUGAAUUUUAUGUUAGAUUCAAGCGUGUAAGUUGUAUUCGGUAAAAUUAGCUGUCAUCGUGAGAAUUGCAUGUUGUCAUCCUCACGCUAUAAGCCUAGGUUUAUUAGAUAAAGGUAAAAUAACAUUUGCGUCACUGAUUUAAGUAUGAGCCGGAGCAGUUUAUUUGUUUAAAGAACUGAGGUUCAGCUUGGUAUGAUAGCCUUUGAUUUGAUGGAUGUAAUGAAUAGAAAAGACAUAUCCUAGUAUGGAUGCUUUGUACAAUAAUGUUAAUACAGUGUUUGAUUUCCUGAUGACCCUGAAAUUAUUGCUGAAGUUUUUUCAAUGGUAAAUAAAUUUUUCUCUGAGAGGUUAUGUGGCGUAUCACACUAUGUUGGAUGAUCACAUUAUGUGAGGAAUAUACUCUGUAACUACAUGUAAUAUUUUGGUUCACAACCUAUUUGAUCAACUGACUAGGAACUUACAAACCUACAGAAACUAUCCCAAAAGGUGUUUGAACUUAUCUGUAUAUUCUAGUGAGUGAGAAACUGUAAAGAAGAGAAAGGCAAUAGACACAUUUGGAGACUAUAAAAUAAUUCUAAAUGAGUCUUACAAAACAGAUGUCAUGUCAUUGUUGUCGUCAGCUACAAUCUCUUUUUUAAUACUUUGUUUAAAAAAAUUAAGUAAUGUAAAUUAGUACUUGUCCAUCUGCACAAUUUUUGUGUUUCCUAUGAGAUAGUUAAGUGCAAGUGUUAUCAAGCAUUAGGUUCCCUGUGAUGGAAUAUCCAAUGACUUUUGUGCUGGUUACAAAAAUAGCAUUUGUAUCCAUUUUCCAGAUUUAAUUGAAAGUUUGUCAAAGAAUGGUAUGUCAACUGGAGCCAAACAUCAGACCAGGGAUGAGAAUCUACGUCACAGAACAGCAAAUGGUAGUGCCACUCAUAGUGCUCCAGAGGAGAAAAAUUAUACACCAGAACAGGCGGAGGCUGUCAAAAAGUAGGUUUUUCUUUUAUUCAAUUGCAUAUAGUUAUACAACUGUGCUUUAGUCUGAAAUGAAAGCAGUUCAAAAAUAUUUCAAAGUAUAGCAAUUUGAUUUGUUUCCUAUUAUGUUCUAGGUUAUGAACUUAAUUAUUUUAUUGCAGUGAAGAUGAAAUCUACUGAUACUCUCCUUUUUUUUUGGAAGAAAUAUUGGUACAUGUACUUUUAUUGGGGGGAUUAAUGGGGGUCUUAAAACAAGCUGCUGACCAUCUGAGUUCUGCUAGCUGCUUGAUAGCAUGUUGCUGGUUACUCUGGUCAAAAUAAUUCCCUUUUGGCCCUCCCUUAAUGAGCUUUCCACAGUUACCUUCUUUUCAGAGUCUGAUGCCUUCUUCAGAACAUUUUGAAACCCCUGGGACUAUGGGAAUGUACUUCACAGGGGAGGGGGCAGGAGUUUCCUUUUGCAUUUGUGCUUAAGGAUAAGAUUUUGAAAUAACACCAUGGGGGUUGAACUACAUGCUUAGUUUUCAUUAUUUAGUAUGAUUAUUAUGUUGUGCUUUUGCGGCAUUUCUUAGGAUUAAAAAGUGUAAAGAUUACUAUGAAAUCUUGGGAGUUAAUAAGGAAGCAACAGAACCUGAGUUAAAGAAAGCUUACAAGAAGCUUGCACUGCAGUUUCACCCAGACAAGAAUAGGGCACCAGGGGCAUCUGAGGCAUUUAAAGGUUUGCUCACUGAUUGAUUUAUGCCUUUUUGAUUUAUCCGUUUAUUAACUAGCAUUUCCUUUUUAAGCACAAUUGUUGUAUUAGUUUUCAUUGCCAUGCCAUAUACAUGCAGAUUUAGUCAACAGUGCAUGCAGGCUGCAUUCUGAUGGAAACCAACAAAUCUUAGGAAUACAAAUUUCAGAACAGUGACUUUUAAUUCAACUCCCACAAAAACAGAAAUAUGCACACUCGUUGCAGUAUAACAAACUGAACGACUAACAAUUAUAGUCUAUGCUUUGCAGGAGUUGAUGAGCAAGAGUUUUUAUUUGUCUUGAUUUUUCUCUUGAAACACAGCUAUAGGCAAUGCUUUUGCAGUCCUCUCAGAUCCCGAGAAAAGAAGGAGAUAUGAUCAAUAUGGUGAUGAGAAUCCUCAGCCACAGAUUUACAGGAAUCACAAUGAUUAUUCCCGAGGAUUUGAAGGUUAGUGUUGCUGAUCAAGGCCACAGUUACUCAAAAGUGGGACACACCAAAUGUACCUUGACACUAUAACUUGUAUUUAGUAUAUGAUCUUAAUGUAUAGCCUUAUUUUCUGAAGAAAUGUUUUUCUUAUCACGAAUAAAUGUAUGUUAAUCAGUUAACAUUAUUGCUACCGUGAAUUUUACAUUAUACGUGCUGGAAAAUUAAAGCAAAAAUGUAUUUGUACAUACAUUUAUGAUUUUGUGACCAUACUAAUACAGUUCUCAGGCCAGCGGUCCCUUGUGUUCCAUGCAUAGUUGUAAUGUUACUUGAAUGUGGUUGGGAUGUGAAUGUAACAUGGUACAUGAUCUCAGUUGGUGUUGGUGCACAAAAGCAUUGGAUGUUAUAUGUAUUUUUUUGUUAUAGCUGAUAUUACUCCAGAAGAAUUAUUCAACAUGUUCUUUGGUGGGUUUGGUGGAAUUUCUGGAGGUAAGAAAAAAAAUGUUUCUUUAAUCAAGUAAAUUGAGAAGAGUUUCAUGUGUGUCUCUUUGAGAGACACAGCAGUUAACCCUUUAACUCCUAGAUAAAAUUUGUGAUUCUCCUUACUGUCAGCCAUACAAUUCUCAUAAUGUUAGUUCAGAGAAUUUAGUAUUGGAUCUGCUAAUUAUCUCCAAAAUGAUAUUUUCUUUAUUCUCAUCACUUAUCUGGUUGAUAUUGUAUUGAUAUUGUAAGGAGAAAUUCUGUCUUGGUCACUCAUGGAAGUUAAAGGGUCAAUUAAGUGUUCUAAGUGUUCUCUGUUUUGACAGUGCCAGGCUAGUCUUGUUCUAGGCCUUUGUGUUGUAUUCACUGGCAGAUGUGCUCUGAGUCCUGACUAUUUGGUUUUCAUGACAAGAAAGAGAAAAAAAUAGGCUACAAAAUUUGGAGUAAAAUUAUGACCAAAAUGGACACAUAAAUUCUGAAAGCUUUAGUACUUUAUUUAGGAUUUAAGGUAGACAAUCAUAGAUUGGAUUUUUAGAGCUUAGUGGCUGUGGAGAGGGUUUAAGACCUUAGGGAAACAUAUUUUGAAUCAUUUUAUUUUUUAUGUCUUUUUGAGUCAAUGGAGAAUUGUAAAUAGACCUUGAAUUGUUUGUGAAGGUAGUCUAAAACCUAAUAGUCAAGGGGAAUCCAAAAAGGAUGUGAUCUUGGUUAAAGGAUGGUGAAGUUCAGGCCUUGUUAGGCAAACAAGGGAAAAGCUGCUUCAACAGGUUUUUUUGUCUCACAUUCAGGUCGUGUAUUUAUGCAGAGAAGACAUAAUCAUGGUAGGCGCCACAGGCCUCAGCAAUUUCAUGAAGAGGAAGAAAAUGAGCCUGUAAGUCAAUGUACAGAGAUCCAAAGGUAGAAAAAAAUCGAAACACUUUCUAACUCAACAUCAAAUUCUUUUUCUUUUCCUCUUUCAGCCGUUGUUGCACUCGUUAUUGCAGUUUAUGCCAAUCUUGUUAUUAGUAGGAUUAUCACUGAUGAGUAGCUUCAUGUUACAAGACCCACCUUAUUCGUUAUCUAGAACAGGGUAAGUGCACAUUCCUGAGUUGCGUGACUGGAUACUUGUCACUAUGAUAGUAACUGUAUCUGAUUGGGAAAAGACGGUGAACCAUUCAUAGCCCGACACGGCACCACAUGGCCAUACAACACAGCUAGAAAAUACCUUACUUAGCCUCGUUUAGUCCUACGGCGAACAGCCCCUCAAAGCUGUGGAAUCAAGAUUGUCCAGGAUGCACGAACACGCACUUUUGUUUUGAUAUUUACUUUGCCUUUGAAGUUUUAGUUACAGUGACUAUGCACAGUCAUGCAUUUAUAUAUGAAUUAAAAUUGGAAGUUGUUUAGAAAGAGUAACCUCUUCUGUUAAGAACUCACUAGGUCCUUUGAAUGACAAUCAUGACUUGGUUACAGGGAAGCUUACAAUAUCGUACUUUCUCUUUAAGAAAAAAAAUGUAUGAUGAAUUCCUCAGUAUCACAAAAGUACUCCUUGCGGUUAUAGCAGUUUUGAAUAAUAACAAUUUUUCCUUUAAUUAACAAAUACAAUUAACGAUCGAUAUUUCAUUUUGCAGUUCCUAUUAUAUUCGAAGAGAAACACCCAAACGCAAGAUUCCCUUCUAUGUUCAGGUAUGUUACUCUAUCUAAUGAUUUAAUUGUUUGUUGAUUUUAAAAUGUUAUAUAAAAAGCUGUUUGUGCAGCACUUUAUCCUUGCUUCAAAUUAUGUUUAUUUCCUUCAAACACUGAUCACUAUGCUGAAAUGCAUAAUGAACCAACCGUGAAAUUUCGCCACGUCGCACGCUGUACAGGUUUUCAGAAACGCACCAAUCAACUUGAAUUUCUUUAUUCGAAAGCAAAGCAAUAUCGUAAAGCAAUUUAUCAACAACCAGUGGAAGGGACAGAGAUGCGUAGGUCAAUACGCGCGUACCUAUACGGCAACGUAAUUGACGUACAUUGUACAUUCUAGCGGUACAGCAUUUUGGGAACAACCCGUUCCGCAGCUGAGUGUAACAGUGUUUUCUGACUUUUAUUUUCUACACCAUACAGGAAGGAUUCGAAGAUCAAUACGAAAAUAAAAUUCAUAUGAUAGAAAAAAGAGUGGAAGAUGACUACAUAGGCCGACUCCAGUCCCAGUGCUACAGAGAGAGACAAUACAGUAAGUAUAGACGUAAUCUGCAGUGAUCACUGUGAUCAAUAAUCAUUAUGGGGCGUUCAUUGGCUAUUAAAUUGAAUGCAAAUGCUGGGCUAUCGUAAAGCGACCUUUCCGAAUAGACGUUGAAAAUUGCCUCGAGUUUUAAUCUUUUGAUCGACAUUUUGAGGUGCCUGCUUUCUGUUUUCCUCAAGCGAAAUUCGCUGUUACUUUGUCCUUGAGUAUUUUACUGUUAGUUCAGUUUCAUGUAUUGUUGCAUCACUGCACAAAGCUGUUUUCAAGUUUUCAUUUGCGUAUGUUUUCGAGAAUACUUUCAUUUGAAUGCCGUAGUUACCACUCGUAAGUAAGAGGAAUCAUCAGAAAAGACUAUUGGGUAACCAGUGUUACACACUGAAACGGGAGUAAUCAUGUUGCGAUUGGGUUAAGUAAGUGCGUUACUUUGUGUCAGGAAUUUGCGCGAGAUUUCGAGAUCAGUUGAUUUCUGAAAUAUCACGCAAUCUCCUCCACAGAGCAUUACAUGGCGAACUCAUUUACGGCUUUUGUGAAAGCUUUGUGUCAUAGAGCGCUCACUUUCACUCUGAAUUAUCACCGAGAAACCUAAAUUGGAUCUUUCUACAAAUAGGCUGAAAAGUUGUUAACACCUUCACUUGAUUUCAGAGUAAAAGAAAAUAUUCCUGUUUGCUUCGGAAAUUGAAAUCCAUCAAGUACGUGCUUCGGGUUUUGCGAUAAAAUUAUAAUUCAAAGACAUUUUGUCCGGUUCCCGACUGGCUUUGUCCAUUAGCUUUACUCUGUGUAUCUUAUCUCAGCGGACAUUAAUUCACCCCCGUGGAUUUAAUUUCUAAACAACGCGAUUUUCUUUGUAAUCGGGCUCAAAAAACUGCAAAAAUGAACUCAGCUUGACUUCACUGGCGUUUGUUUUUUUGAUCUGCGUCUCCUCAGAAGAAUCAGUUUGCUUUAGAGAUACAUUAUACAUUGCCCCCGUUUUUCAUUGAAAUAUUUUUUCCGAUGCCGAAGGAAGAUUAUUUCCGCUUUCAUGAAAGGUUCUUCGCCACAGGUGCAGAUUCAUGAGAGUUUUCCUCUUUCUUUAUAUACCACUUUUGAUAUGCCCUAAAUCAAAGUUAUUUAGAUUAUCUUUCACAGAAAUCCAUUGAUCAUUUGCUGUAUUUGCUCCUCGUUUUAUCGUAUUUACUUCUGUUUUCAUUUCUGUUUGCAAAUUACAUUUUUCUUUGCCACACUUCUGUACAAAUUUUGUUUUUGUUUGACUUUCAUGGGUAAAACUAAUUAGACAGCGUCGUGUGCCCAUUAAAUGUUAUUGUCAUUUUUACAUUAUCGUUUUUUUCAGUGCAUAAUCGCACAUUUUAAAGUGAAAAUUUGACAAUUUUUCCCUCGACGUUUUUUUUCGCUCAAAGGCGCUAAUGGGCUGGCCUUUGGAACUAACACACACAAACAAAUUUCCUUCUUCAACAAAUUUUAUGAAACACGUAGUUCCUUGUCGCCAUUUCAAGGCAAGAUUACCAACAAUUAUAAUCCAUCAUCAAAGAAGCAAAUCCAGUUAAGUGACUUCUCCGCUAGGACAUCGUUUCGUGCAACCUUGUUUUCACAGAAUCGCGCAUUUUGCUUUCCCUUUCUUGGUCGAUUUUGCUAUGGCGGCUCUCACUGCUUCAUCCAGCACCUCCAUGUAACCUCUUUGUUUCAGUGCAGAACAUUCGAUGUACUUUAUAGCCCCAAUUUUUUUCGCCAUUUUCUUGGCUUCCUUGUGAGUGACUUGCCCGGUUGGGCGCUGGCUGCUGUCGCCUUUCCCGCGCUUUUUACUCUCUGUAGCAUCGCGGAGAUCCAACUUCGUCCCGAUAAGAACGAUGGGAGUUCGUGGAGCCAGUUGCUUGACCUCCUUGAACCAUCUUGUCUCGGCAUUGCGAAACGAUUCUAAAUCGGCGAUAGAAAAACACACGCAAAACACAUCAGUGCCAGGAUAGUUCUGUUGUCUAGCGCUAUCUUUACCCUCAUGGCAUUCCGUAUCCCAGAGCUCUAGUUGAUAAAUUUUGCCGUUGACGUCCAUGUUGGCAAUGUAGGCGCUAGUGAACGAUUCUACCUGUUUUCGCGACAGUGUAUUUGAACUGUAACACAGCUGCAGGAGUAAACAUGUCUUCCCGAUGCCGUUGUCGCCGAGGAAAACACAUUUAACCUUUCUUUCGAUGUCUGUGGCUUUGUCAGUAACGACUGUAACUCCCUCGACCAUAUUUUCAAUUCGCGAAGAUGGCACCUCGUCGGUUUUCGCUCACAGAAAAUCCGGAAAUUUCGUCAGAGUUUCACUAUCGGUUUCGUCGCGAGCGAUGAUUGACAAGCCGCAAAUAUCCUUGAGCCGUGUCAAAUAUCAACCGGCGAGUGAUUUUCGACCUUUUUGUCGCUAUGUCGUGUUGUUAUUUGGAUGAAAUUUUGGAUUUUAUACUCUUCAUAAUCAAGGAAAUGAAUGAAGACCGCACAGUAGUCUGAGCAGAAAUCACACUGGCUCUCGCGUUCGGAUUAUUUGUAAACAUUGUGUGAUAUGUGAUGACGUUGCGUCGCUAUUAGCAUAUGCUUCGGACUGACAAGCAGUGGAAAUAAUUAAUAUCAAGAAAAUGCCUCCCAUUUAAUUGUUCGUGUUGUAUUUCUAUGUCAAAAAUUUGGAUUUAUAUUCAACUCAGAACAUUUAGACAAUUUUACAGCUUUCUGCUUGUGACAGAAAAAUAUUUAAAAAUCUCGGCUUUGAAUUAUUAAUAAUCGCGAUUGUAUGUGUGAUUUUAAAUAUUUGCUCUAGUCUCGGCGACUUAUUUCCAUUUUGUUCCAUGAGCAUGUUAUUUUUGGUAAAGUUACGUUUGCCAAAAGCAUUCCAAUAAUUCGGAUCGUUUUCAUUUCAUCAGUGCAGUAUAUUUACUUUUGAAUAAAAAAAAUCAUUCGGGUUAUUAUUCUCAAUGUUCCACUUUGUAUUCAGCUCUGCAGGAUUCCCCUUGUGUCCGUAUAAAUAAAAAUUCUUCUUAGAUCUCUGUAGCGUUAUUUGGCGAAUUUUGGAUUUUGCCAGACAACAUGUUUUUCGGAAUAUAGCGAUGUCCUCGCGUGUGAGGCAUGUUUGCUUCUCUACAAACACUGUGCAGUAACGUUGUAUCUCGAUGAUGCUGUAUAGACCGCGAUUGAUGAAAGCUCUUCGAUACGGCUCUCUUGCCGUUGUUUUAUCAUUGAAAUAUCUUUCAAUUUAAAGUUUUGUCAAUUUGAAAAUGAACGUAAACAAGCUCGAAUGUAUCUCGCCCGAAACCAAUAUAAUGAUAUUUAAAGCUUAAAAGAUUUGCAUAUUUUCCUUUUCUUUCCACCAGUAGACAAUUUCCUUUGUUACUGAUCGCUUUGUGAGCAAAUAACAGGAUUUAGUGGUUUCGUGUAGUGGUAUCAGAAGUUUAUCCAAUGAAUUUAUUCCGGAUUUAGCGAACUUAAACUGUUAUUUUUUUUCUUCCUUGAUAUUUAUAUCCCCGGAUUAAUAUACAUAAACUCAACCGGAAGCAGUCAAAAAUUUCUGCCCUCGGCCUUCACUCUUUUUGGCAAACGGAAACGCAAGCGCGUAAAAAGUUGGGGUAGCUUUCGUGAUCUCAUUUUAUUCAGCACAAUGUCAUUUAGAUUCAAGAUUUGCAUUUUCAUUAUUGUUUUGUACCGUAAAUGGAAGGAUAAUUUACGAAUUGUUUAACAAAAAACGAAUAUUUAACAAUGAGCCACCUGACUUCGUUCAUUCAAAUUCCUUUUCCUGAUGAUCAGCUUACAUCGUAAGCAGACAAAGUAAGGGGCGCUGUACUGCGAAACGGUCAAUCUCAGCUGAAAUGUUGGCGGAAAAUACUCGUAAAUUCUUCGAUUCAUAACUUUUGACCCCUAAAUCCACCCUGUGAUAGUCAAACAAGUAUGGUUUACUUACCUUUAGCUUUCCAUGUUAUCUCUAGUGAUUUGGUGGGUUUUUAUUCCCGACCCACCCGAGCCACCCUACCCACCCUACCCCCCCCUUCCCCCCUCUCUUUCUCUUCACUGACGCUCCUCAAGAUAUAAGAGAGAAAGUUGAUUUUCCCAGCGGAAAGGACACUUAUCAAAGAACUUCAAAAACUUGCUUAUAGAGUGAGAGAGAAGGAAAGGGAAGCCGAUUUGUGCUCUUCAUACCGUCCAAGCUUGCGAGCAAGCUCUUGUUAUAAACGUUUCAGUGCGAGCAUUUCCUCGACCGCGAAUAAUUUUAAGGCCUUAAUUAAGCAAUGCUUCCUGGCGAGAGGUUAAUUUAGUAAUUUAGUACCUGGAGAAAGGUUCGGUAGUCAUUAUUAGUGCCAGGCCCCUCGCAGGCCUCUCCCCGGCUCGCUUUGUUCAUGGCCUUAACCUUCAAACCCCUAAGAGUGACUAACAUCUAAUUUCUCCAUACAACAUCACCCCUGAAUCACACAUCAAGGUCGUGAAGGUCGUUAGCACCUCAGGAAAUGUAUAGAGAACAGGAAGGAGAAAAUACAUGCUGAUGAUAGCAGCACUGAUCAUGAGUACCUGCUCACAGGCUACACUGUCCCGACAGAUUUUGUCCGGCCGGGAGUGAAAAUCUUUCAUCAAGUUUCUAACACAGGUUAUAUUCUUUUCUUCCUUUCGCAGGAGAAGAAGUGCGAGCUCGUGCCCGUUUUUGGCGAGAUCAAGCUCUACUGAAUCGAGCAAAUGACAUGCAGAUGAAAUCGUGUGAAGCACUGGAAAAAAUUGCCGCUGAGGGUUGAUGCAGUCGCUGAAAUGAAAAUGUUAAUGUUUGUCAUGCCAGGAUCAAAAUUGAAUCUAACUUAAGGAAACGGUACUUUUUAAAUGUUGAAAUUAGUAUCCUGUAAAGGCUGCGUUCACACGUGGUGCCUGAAAACCUUUGUCGGGCGUUUACACCAACCGCCGAUGAGGUCGUAAUCGGCUGUUGUGUUUGGGCACAUGGUGUUUUUCUACAGCCUGUGACGUGAAAGAAAAUAGUCCAGUUUUAGUUUGCUUUCCAUGCAAAAAAUCAUUAUGUUAGUCGCGGGACGGCAUUUUCACCGACGUCAGUUCAUAGAUUUUUAAUUAUGUGCAGAAUAAAUGUAUAAGUUGAACCAGCAGUAUCAGGGAACAGGGAAGACAUAGCUAGGAAUUUUUUAGAGAGGAGAAAAGGGGGGGGGUGGUGGGGAAGAGAGAAAAUUCCGCAUUUCUGCGUGAGCCACGUGAAUUAGCUAAUACCGCUGUUCAGUCUUGCAAAGAAUGAACAGCGAGAGGGGGUGGAAGUGAACCAACCCGAAGCUACGCCCCUGGGGCAAAAACGUACGCGAGUGUUAUCAACGGAUCACUACAUAUUGAGGUUCUUGAUACUCUGCAUAAAUUUUGACCCCGUCUUUCCCAAUAAAUUCCGUAGCGUACAGAAAGAUUAGCUGAAAACCAAACCAAUUAGUCCCUUUAUGUUCAGACAACUGGGACGACCGCGAUCGGCUAGAUAGAAUUGAGUUUAUGUUUCGGCCAGGUUUGACAGAUACCGACUGAGAAACUCCUCCAUGCGAUUCUUAAAAAAAGAAAAAUAGAUUUUUCUCUACUUCAUGUAAAUUUUUUCACCCUUUUGUUCAACUGCUGCCUAUUAUCUUUUACCUUGUGGUAUUUGUGAAUUUGAACUAGCCAGAUUAUUCUAAUCACUUGGUAAGUCUCUUGUCUAUCUAUAUUAUUUAAUCAUGUCGUUACAGUUAUAAACUGAGAAAAAAAAAUUUUUUUACCUGUAGUCUGGUUCUCCUCUGUUAUUUAACUUGCUCUACACAAAAUGGGAGUGAGCGCAGCCCUGAGCCCGCCAUCUCUUCCGCUUCGUGUCAAGUUUUUGGUUGCUAAAUGGCAUGAAAAUUGAGUUAUAUUAAGCUGAAAAUUGGUGACAUUGUACAACCCCUCUCAAAACGUUAAGACUAACAUAAAAAUACCCGGAUCAAAUAAUUGUUCGUAAGUUAAUGCAAUUGUAAGUAAUUGUGCUUCCGUCAAAGCGACAAGACUUUUCUAGCCUGUUUCACUCACUUUGGUCCGUGUCAAACGAAAUCGUCCAGCACGGGCACUACAGGCCUAAUCGAGAUGUAUAUCCUUAGCUACAUGUAUUACAAUUAAUGGAACUCACGGAUAAGCUGGAGGCUUCAAGCAUACGACCUUUGUUCCGGCCGAAAAAGUUCGCCCGUCAUUCCUAGAUAAUGCUUUAAGAGUUUUAUCAAGCUGAAUUUAGCGG